UCGUUCCUAUUACAUGAUCUAAGAGGGCUAUAAAAGCAAUCGCAGCAACAUGCAUCGAGUGCAUCUUGCGUCACAUUGCACUGUCUUCAUCAUCAAUUGCGUUAAAUAAGAUCGUCACAAUUCCAGUGUUUUGGAUACCGCGAGAGAUGAGAUGCUUCGCGAUCGCGAUGCUGGGCCUGAUCAGCCUGGUCUCGGCCAAGCCCGCGCUUCUACCCGUACCGCUGACAUACGCAACACCUUUGACACCUGGUAUCAGUCCUGGACAGGUGUUGGACAGGCUGAAGGAUUCGGCUGCCGCGCAUUUCGACGAGAGAAGGACAAAUUUGGCAAACGAGGCUGAGGAAUCGAUUGGACCGCGUGAACGAGAAUCGUCCCAAGUCGUCAACGCGCCACUCGGCGUCGACGGCAGGGUCGUGGACACGCCGGAAGUCGCGGUAGCCAAAGCAGCCCACGCGGCUGCGCACGCCAACGAGAAGAUCAACCUGGCGAACGAAGCUGCGAGAUCCGGUAGCGCGUUAGAUUCGUCGGAAACCAGGGAUAAGAUCCUUACCGAAGAGGCGAUCAGUCCCGACAGCAAAGUUCUAAGUACAUCGAAAGUUGCGCGCGUCAACCAGAAGAUCAACCUGGAAGCUGGCGACGUUCUCGCGCGACUUGUGGAAGGUUCCGCGGUACCAUUAGUGCUCAGCAACGGCGUCGUCGCCGCUCUAGUACCCGUUGGUCUCGAUGGCAAGCCUCUGGAUGUAUCAAAAACGGUGGUGACUCACAACGAUCAGAGUCCGGUGAACGACGUGAGGUCUCUGGAUGCUCUGGCGAUCGCAGGCCCAGGUCUCGCUUAUGGCAGAUUGAUUUAUUAAGAGGAGGGAUUUAUCCGAAGCCUUUUGGAGAAGAUAUAUCUUAUAGCUUAUUAUAUGUCGAAUAAUAGCAUGUCAAAUAGUAGUGGAUUAUGCAGUUACUCUCUUCUAUCUCUUUCUUGUUGCAUUAUUUUUUA